AUGCCUCCUGCCUCAGCCUUCUCAGAUGUGUGCGGAGUACUGUCACCACAAUGGUCAGUGUCCCGAGGAGCAGAAGUGCUGCAGGACGUCCUGUGGCCACGCGUGCAGCGAGAGUGCAGUCCGUCCCCUGGUCUGCCCCCUAGUCUGUCCCCUGGUCUGUCCCCUGGUCUGUCCCCUGGUCUGUCCCCUGGUCUGUCCCCUGGUCUGCCCCCUGGUCUGUCCCCUGGUCUGCCCCCUGGUCUGUCCCCUGGUCUGUCCCCUGGUCUGCCCCCUGGUCUGUCCCCUGGUCUGUCCCCUGGUCUGUCCCCUGGUCUGCCCCCUGGUCUGUCCCCUGGUCUGCCCCCUGGUCUGUCCCCUGGUCUGCCCCCUGGUCUGUCCCCUGGUCUGUCCCCUGGUCUGCCCCCUGGUCUGUCCCCUGGUCUGCCCCCUGGUCUGUCCCCUGGUCUGUCCCCUGGUCUGUCCCCUGGUCUGCCCCCCGGUCUGUCCCCUGGUCUGUCCCCUGGUCUGUCCCCUGGUCUGCCCCCUGGUCUGUCCCCUGGUCUGUCCCCUGGUCUGUCCCCUGGUCUGCCCCCCGGUCUGUCCCCUGGUCUGCCCCCUGGUCUGUCCCCUGGUCUGCCCCCUGGUCUGCCCCCUGGUCUGUCCCCUGGUCUGUCCCCUGGUCUGCCCCCUGGUCUGUCCCCUGGUCUGUCCCCUGGUCUGCCCCCCGGUCUGUCCCUGGUCCCCUGGUCCCCUGGUCUGCCCCUGGUCUGUCCCCUGGUCUGCCCCCUGGUCUGCCCCCUGGUCUGCCCCCUGGUCUGCCCCCUGGUCUGA